UUCAAGAUGGACUAUCAUUUUUGACAUGGAGUAAUUCAACAAGAAUUGAAAAAUACAAAAGCAUUGGAUGAAAUGGCAAAUGCAGACAGCGAGGUGAGAACAUUGCUGAAUUUUGUCAACCUGGCUUCCAGCGACAUCAAGGCGGCCUUGGAUAAGUCGGCCCCGUGCAGACGCUCGGUGGACCACAGGAAGUACCUGCAGAAACAGCUCAAACGCUUCUCUCAGAAAUACUCUCGAGUGCCAAGAUGUCACCCGCUCAGGUCCGCUCAGUGCGCCAAGCCUAUUGCGGGUCUGCAGGAGCCAGAAAAGGGCAACGGCGGUGGCUGCGGGCAAACAAGUGCAGACAAAGUGGCGGGAUCCGUGGAGCAGGUGCCCAUGAGGAAACGUCAGCUUCCGGCCUCUUUCUGGGAGGAACCCAAGCUGAGCAAGAGGGAGCACUCCCACUCAGGACUGAGAAAGAGCCACGCCGCCUUGAUGGAGAUGCGAGAACACAGGAAGGGAGGUCAAGAUGAGGACGCCAAGGUCACGCUCUCCAGAGAGGCGCUGAAAUUGGAGCGGAACUCUCAAUACGACUUGAGCGUGUGCGCCUGCUGCCCUUUCCAGUUCCAUCACCAGCAGCAGCAACAGAUUCUCCACGGCCACAUGGUGGUGCCCCAUCCAGCUCUAGGACUGUGGUGCAAGACCGAGCCGGAGCGAGUAGAACAGCCGCGUGGGCAGACGAUUCAUACUCAUGUGGUGGUCAAGCCGAUACCCACCAAGCCCACCAUUAGAUCCCCUAUCUUCAGCGUGUUUGGCUUCAUUUGAAAUGUAAACAAGACUAAUUAUGUUCAUCUCAGCAAUCAAUAAUGAGACUCUUCCUCAAGCACUUAAUGGAAUACUUGGGUCUAUUUUGGUUUUCUCCUUAGAGGACUAAAAUGCACUUCUUCAUUCUCUUUUCUCUGAUGCCAGACAGUAAGUUGACAGGUUUCUAUUCUUAGGAUUUUUAUAGACCUGGCUUUAAAAAAAAUAUACUCAAGGUCUCUUUCAUCAUGAGAAUAAAUAUAAAUGUGAGUAGAAUUGAUUUUCUUAGUCACAGUAAUGUUUGAUACAGCCGCUUUCAUUUCUUAAAUAAACGAU